AUGAUGCUUGAUUUAGAUAAUCAAGGACAAUCUAUAUUAGCUUCUUUCAACAAGCAAUCUGAGAAAACAAAAGAUGAAUAUCGAGUUUGUUUGAAUGCUUCCAUUGAUGUUGCAAGAUAUCAUUUGAAAGAAGGAUUGCCUUUUCGAGGUCAUGAUGAGAGUGAAACUUCUACAAGAAAAGGAAACUUUUUAGAUCUCUUAAAGUGGUACGCAGAUAGGAAGGAAGAUGUGAAAAAAGUUGUGUUAGAAAAUGCUCCACAAAAUGAUAUCAUGAUUUGUCCAAAUGUUCAAAAAGACAUUGUGAAUUCUUGUGCUAAAGAAAUUUUGAAAGCAAUUGUUGAAGACUUAAAUGGAGAUUACUUUGGAAUAUUAGUUGAGGACUCUAAAGAUGUCUCUCAUAAAGAACAAAUGGCUCUUGUUCUGCAAUAUGUCAACAAAGAGGGUAAGCUUAUUGAGCGAUAUCUUGGUAUUGUUCAUGUUAAAGAUACAUCUGCAUGGUCACUAAAAGAUGUUAUAUGUUCUUUGCUUUUAGAGCAUAAUUUGAGUUCUUCUCGUAUUCGGGGACAAGGUUAUGAUAGAGCUAGUAAUAUGCAGGGAGAAUUCAAUGCUGUUGCAAAGAAGCAUCAUGAGGUAGAUCAAUUUUUUAAUAUUCUUACUAAUGUUUUGAAUGUUGUUGGAGGAUCUUUUAAGCACAGGGAGAUGCUUAGAAAUGAUCAAACAGAAAAAUUAGAAGAGUUACUAAUUCUCGAAGUUCUUGCUAAGGAGGGUUCAAAUUACCAAGAGAAAUCAUUGGCAAAGAUUUUAGUAGAUGAUAUAAGAUCUUAUGAGUUUGUGUAUACGCUGCAUUUGAUGUUAAAAGUGUUGGCAAUUACACAUGAUUUGAAUGUGGCUUUGCAAAGAAAAGAUCAAGAUAUCGUUACUGCUAUGAACCUUUUUGGUUUCACAAAGAGACGGUUGCAAUCUAUGAGAGAUUCUAAAUGGGAUUCUUUGGUAAAGGAUGUUUCUUUAUUUUGUUCCAAACAUGAUAUUAUGAUUUCCGAAAUGAAUAAGAAUUAUGCUCUUGGAAAGUCAAAGCGUAAGAUUUCAGGUAUCACAUAUUCUCAUCAUUUGUGUGUUGAAAUUUUUCAUGUUGUAAUUGAUUUACAACUUGGUGAGCUUAACAGUCGUUUUGAUGAAGUGAAUACUGAUCUACUUCUUGGUAUGGCCAGUUUGAGUCCAGAUAACUCUUUUGUAAAUUAUGAUAAAAACAGGAUUAUAAAACUUGCUACCUAUUAUCCGGAUGAGUUUAGUGCUUUCAUGCUUGAGGAUCUUAGUUUUGAGCUUGAUAAUCAUAUUGACUAUGUGCGACAAGGGAAUAAUGAUUUAUCUAAGUUGAAAAAACUUGGGGAUAUUUCAGAGACAUUGGUGAAAACAAAUUUGCACAAUACUUGGAGACUUGUAUAUUGA